AUGUGCCCCGUAUUAACCCUGUUGAACCCAGGUGCCAAUGAUGUCUAUCCACGUAGAGGACUUGAUAUGGUAUUUCAUGAAGACGUCAACUACUCGAGUGAUUCAUCCGAGAGCAGCAGUGGAAACAAUUCAGCGAAAUUCACAGAGCCUUCAUGGGUCUUAGAAGUGUCAAAGAACGAUUCGCGUAGGCAGCCAUGGAAAAAGAGCCUGGCCAUCGUCGACAAGGCCGAUCAUGACAAGGGAGAGGACCGCUUCCACUUUGGCUAUGAUCCAGCCGCUCCAGAUGAAGGAAGAUAUCGCAGUGGAUCUGCUGGCUCUGGGGGAAGUUUGGCUGCUUAA